AUGUUCGUGAGACCGCCUAAACCCGCCCGUCUACGCGGCGCAGACGAUGACCUUCGCCCAUGGUCGGAGCGGUUCAGGCCGCUUACCCUCGACGAACUAGCCGUGCAUAAGAAGAAGGUGGCCGACGUUCGCCGCUGGAUAGAAGGGGUCCUUAGCGGUCAGCUGAGGCAACGCAUUCUCCUCCUCAAGGGAGCCGCCGGCACCGGCAAGACAACGACAGUAAACCUACUUGCCGAAGACCUGGGCUGCGAACUGCUCGAGUGGAAGAGCCCCCUUGGGAGCUUUGUCCCUGGCAUGCAGUCACCCUCUGCUCAGUUUGAAGCCUUCCUUGGCCUGGGCGGCAAAUUCGGUGGCCUUGAGCUCGAGGCUGCCGGGCCUGAGAACCAAGCGCCGGCAACCCAUCCAAGUUAUACUGGUUGUUUCGAAACGCUGCUUACGACCACGUCAUCUUCGGCUGAUAGCUUCACGGCACAUCGUCUGUUAGGCCCGGAGAUAAUGCGGCACCCGGGCACUGGGCUGAUUGAGUUCAAUGCCAUCGCCCCCUCCCUUCUAUCCAAAGCCCUAGAGUUGGUCGUGCUGAAAGAAGCUAGGAAAUCGGGACGGCGCCGAACACCCGGCCCAGAAGUGCUCAAGCGUCUUGGAGACAUUGGCGAUAUCCGAAGCGCCAUCUCAUCCCUUGAAUUUUUAUGCCUCAAAGGGGACCAGGAUGCCGACUGGGGUGCCAAAAUUUCGUUUACAAAACCGAAACGCGGAGCUAAGAGCGGAAUCGUUUUGACGCGUGGGGAGUCAGAGAGCUUAGAGCAGAUUACGCAACGAGAGGCUAGCUUAGGAAUAUUCCACGCUGUUGGCAAGGUCGUCUACAAUAAGAGGGACGAGCCUUUGGCCAGCAGCCAAGUGGAGGCACUGCCGUCCUUCCUUCGGCACCACGCACGCCCAAAACGAUCCCAGGUUGCGGUGGAUAGCCUGAUUGACGAAAUAGGGUCGGACACUGCCACAUUCAUCUCUGCGCUCCAUGAGAAUUACGCCUUGUCAUCGAUCUCCUUUGUCCAUCCCGGGAUUCCUUUUGGUGGCAGAGGCGCGUUUGGCAUUUUUGGCAGGGACACUGGCAGCCACAUUGUUCGGCAGGACGAGAUGGCCUUCCAAGUCGCUGUCCGCGGCAUGCUCUUCGCCCUCCCUCACCCCGUCAAAAGAAUAGCAUCGGGGGCGGGGAGGAGCCAGGAUUCGUUCAAGAUGUUCUACCCGACUAGCCUCAAGCUCUGGCGCGCAAAAGAGGAAAUGGAAGGUCUUGUAGAUUGUUGGUCUACUAAGUUGCUCAACGGCGAGGACCACCAGCUGCAGAAAUCCCGAUCCCUCACAGAUGGGGCCAGCCUUUUCCUCCGUGCCGCUCGCAAUCAUCACCAGCUCCCUACUAAGGAGAAAGCUGAUCACCAGAAUUCCAAGGGUCCCGGGAAUGAGGCCGCCGCCCCUCUCCUCUCCUUGGGUAGCGCAGCCCGCUGUGAACUCCUUCUCGAGAGGUUACCGUACAUGGCACUCAUUGGCCGAGCUCGGAGGAAGACGACGCUAGCACAGCGUGAUCUCGAAAAGAUUGUAUCUUUCCGUGGCAUAGGCACAGCGCCGGAGGACGAGAGCCUUGUCGACGAUGUGGAAGAGGGUGACGGCGCCACCGGAGAAACGUGGGCCACGGAUCGCCCAACCGAAGAUGCAUCGCCGAAAAGAAGGCCCCGGCCAGAAUUCGGGUGCGAGGUGUAG